GUUAAAAGGUGUUUCGGAAAGAUUGCACUAACAAAGAGAAACAUAUCAGAGCUUUUCAGUUCCCAUGAGCAUAUUAGAAGAUUUAUAUCAGAGAACACGGAGAUAUGUGGGGAGCAGAGUCUGACCCCGGAGGUGAAACUGAGAUUAUUCACUCCUAACUGUCGAUUCUGGACAGAGAGGCCGGAACUAUGGCCGUUUGAAGACCCAUAUUGGGCCAUUUAUUGGCCAGGAGGGCAGGCACUCUCCAGGUACCUCCUGGAUAACCCUGCUGUGUGUCGGGGGAAGGCCGUGCUGGAUCUGGGGAGUGGCUGUGGGGCCUCGGCCAUCGCUGCUCAGCUCUGCGGCGCUGCACACGUAGUGGCCAAUGACAUAGACACCGUUGCAGCUGUUGCAACCUGCAUGAAUUGUGAGCUGAAUGCUGUCGAACCGCCUGUUUGUGUCACAGACAACAUGAUUGGCUCUCAGAUUGAGGGCUUUGACUUGAUCCUCCUGGGGGACAUGUUUUAUGAUGAGGUUCUUGCCACAAGUCUUCAUAACUGGCUAGACCUCUGCAUCCAAACCCACGGCACCAAAGUCCUGAUUGGGGAUCCCGGACGGGCCCAGUUUGAAGAACACAACAUUCGGCUGCUCCUGCAUCGUCUGGCUCAGUUUGAGCUGCCUCAGUGUGUGAGAGAGGAGAACUAUGGUCUCACCCGCAGCAGUGUUUGGUCAUAUCACCCUAAUACUUUAUUUCUGCAAACCUAG